AUGGAAGAGUUGCAACAUAUUCUUUGUCAGGUCGACAAAGUCAAGAUGGCUGUGGUUCAAAGAAUCCAAUCCUUGAAGACAUCUUCUGCAAACUCAAACAAACAAGAAGAAUAUAGUCCCAAGAACUUCAAAGAGUUAGAAGAAAACAAAGGUGAGAUGAUUAAGGCUAUGAGUUUUAAUGAUUGGACAUUUCUUGAAAGUGAAGAUCAAUGCACAAGUUCUGUUAAGAAUGAGGAAAAAAUGAUUUGCAAGAAUGAAUCUCAUUUUUCAUUGCUUCUCAGAAUGAUACAAG